AUGGAUAUGAUGAAUAGGCAAUUAGCCCAGCUGGCAAGUUCAAUGGGUGAAUUGAAGGGGAAUUCAGGGAAACUCUCGUCUACAGUCCAUGUACCUGAAAAUGCAAAUGUGAGCAAGGUCACAUUGCGGUCCGGAACUGCCUAUAAUGGGCCCUUACCGAAGAAACCCAGUGGAGAGCCAAGUGAAACGAAGGGGAAACUAAGGGGAAAGAAAGCGAAGAGAAGAAGAGCCAGGGGGAGGGAUGAAUCAGAGAAGACGCCGAUCGCAGAACCUGUUCCCCAAGAGAAGGAAAGAGAGGAGAUAGAUCUGAACGAGACGGCCAGGAAGCAAGGCCUUAUGACUGAUGACGAAUUCCAGGUGCUUUUAGACGAGGUGAACAGGAUGGAUGUGGACACUGCUGAGGUGGCUGAGGGUCUGGACCUCGCAUCGAAGGCAGUAGGAAGAAGUGAAGAAUCUGGCACAGUGAACGACUCAGACGGCCUAGCCCACCAAUCAGCAGACGAGGUGUCAGAGAAGCAGACCGAAGAAGAAAAGCCGAAGUUAGUGACCCCCCAGUCGGAAGCAGGGGAGGAUGAUAAACACAUCGAGGAGAAGGAGACCAAAGUGCAACCAGAGGAACCAGAGCCAGUGGUACCACCAGUAUUGAAACCAAAAGCAGUUAAAAGAAAAUUGGUGUUGAAAAAUGAUACUAAGGCAGAAAGGCCGAAGCCAAAGAGAGUGUCGCAAAGGUGCCUCGGGAGAUGGACAUCCAGCAAGGCAGGAGCAAACACGGCAGCAGGCGCAGUGGAGAUCUCUAGUGAAGAAGAAAGGACUACUCCUACAAAACCUGGGGAGGAAUCCUUGUCAGCUACCAACCUGGAAGACGCCUCGACAACAACAGAGAUGAUCUCACCCACGCCGAGUGACCAAAGAGAAGAAACUAACGAGAUGGCUGAGGGUCUGGACCUCGCAUCAAAGUCAGUAGGUCAUGAAGAGCCAUUAGAUGACAAUACCAAUAUCCGCGUGGAGACCCGGCCUACUACCCAGAAGGAGCCUUCGAUACCAAUAGAGGAGAGACUGGAGGAAGACGAAGAUGAAGAUGAAGAUAGGUACCUCCAGGAGAGGAAAAAGAAAGGGAAAGCCCCUGUUACAAAGAAACCGAGCAGCAAGAAACAGCAGUCAAACAGCGACGUCUCCCUAGAAGAUGAAGAGUAUGGCGAACAGCAGCUCCCACACAACCACCGUGAGUUGAUACAUCCUCCGGUGGAAAAGCAGAAGUACAGUCGUUGGAAGGUGGAGAUCACGGACGAGCAGAUAGAAGACAUGAAGCAUUUCAGUACCAAAAAGCUUCAGGAUGCAUUCGAUAAUAAAUACGAUGGCAACAAACAGAUUAAGAACGGGAAGGUACUCUAUUUCCCAUCUCUUGAUGAACUGAAUGCCCGCGAGCCAUUCUUAUCACAUAUGCGUGCAUUGGGUUUCAACUGGUUGUUGGAAAAUAGGGACCCGAGUAUACCCAUUAGGCUGGCAAAGUAA